UGCAGCUGUGUCUAUUUAUCUUCUUGUGCUCUGAUACUAUUCCUUGGUUCCUCUUGAAUAAAACGUUGAAAAAUCGCCUGGCUAAUUAAUCGAAAUGAUUAAAUCCAUGCUAAGGCUGACGAAAUUUCCUAGAUUACAGAAAAGCGUAUUAAUCGAUGAUCAAGUAACCUCGGCAUUUGCGCGUUUGAGUAUCAUAACCUCAAGGAAUAUUUAUACCACUCAUUUAUGCAGCAAAGAAAUUCGAUUAAAAAAUGAAAAAGUAAAAGUCGGUAAUUCAAAAUAUGGAUUGGUCGAAGGAGAAACUAUUCCCGAAAUGGCCAAUCUUGAUCAACAGGAACAUCUAUUUCCUGAUGCAGAUACACCGAAUCGACUGUUUAAUGGUGUACCAUAUAAAGAAUUACAUAUUGUUAAUAUAAAAUCAACUCCUAACAAUACAAUUAUGACUUUUACAAAUUUUAAGGGUAAAGUAUUAUUGUUGCAUUCAGCAGGUACAGAAGGUUUUAAGAAUGCUAAGAAAGGAACAAAUCUUGCUGCUCAACAAGCAGCUAUAACGUUGGGUAACCGUGUUCUUGAAUAUGGUGUUAAUACAUUGAGGAUACGAGUACAAGGUAUUGGAGCUGGUAGAAUGUCUUCCAUAAAAGGUUUUCAAAUGGUGGGGUUAAACAUUGUAUCAAUUACUGAUGAUACCAGAGUAAGUUAUAAUCCACCAAGACCACGAAAACAGAGAAGAGUAUAA